CUUUUGCUAGUGACUGCACGACUUUUCUUUCAUACUUAGUUACACAAUACGUAAAAAAUAAUACUUAUAAAAAUGAUAUUAUACUAAAUUUUUACAAUCAAAAGAGCGAGUACAACUCUGUACAGGUAUCGGUAUCAGCAGGCAAAAACAAAUAAUGAUUUUAACUGACAAAAAAUUUUACACUAUAUCUUGACCGGUAUAAAUUUAUGCAGGGUGUCCCAGAACUCGCCUGCUAAAAUAAAUCCUAGACAUUGGACUUGAUUUUUAUAUCCACAAAAUAAAUCUUUCAUAAUAGUCGAGCGCUGCCUUAUUUACACACAGCCAUUUUACCGUACGAAGGCACAAGUUGACUCAACGCCAACCGAGAGGGAUCGCCGAUCGCGUACUUUCUUAAAAGUCAACUCGGCUUUGGCAACAUAAGAGGUGCACGCCGAUCUUGUAGUAGUGUGUGACGCUCCGAAAAGAAGCAAAACUUAAUAAAAUAAUGUGGAAACUUGACUUAAACAUCACUUAAAAGUUAAAACGUAACAAAUACAAACGAUGUAUUGGUGCUAAAUAAGUGCAAUGUGAUAAACAACAAGUUCGAAGUUAGUUUUAAGAAGUUUUCGAUAGGUAUCGGAAUCUAAAUAUCUGGAAUCUCGACCGAUUUGACAGAAGGGUACCUGUGGCUGACAGGUACUCGGUCGAAAUAAUUUGUUAAGUGCGUUUAAGUUUAAAUACUAUGGAUAAAUAACUCGAGUUAAAUAUGGAAAAUCUUGCUAAUAAUCUUGGACUAACUUUACCUGAGCAGGAACGAGGAUGGGAGUACAAACAGAUAUGCGUGACGAGGGUGCCUGGUUACGGAUUCGGGAUAGCAGUUUCUGGAGGUCGGGACAACCCGCAUUUUGCAUCAGGUGACCCCAGCAUAGCCGUCAGUGACGUACUAGCAUCGGGACCCGCAGAAAGGCUACUACAAGUAAACGACAGGAUAAUAUCCGUAAACAACAUCUCGCUCCAGAACGUGGAUUACGCCACGGCGGUCCAAGUGCUGAGAGACUCCGGUGAUACUGUGACGCUAGUGAUAAAACGACGCACGAUCCAACACAAUCAUGCGCACGCGCAUAGCGCGUCCUUUAAUGGCCCGCCGCUCGCGGCUUUGGCCGCCAAUUCGCUGUCUACCAAAGUUACGCUUACCAAAAAUUCCAAAAAAGAAGAUUUUGGCAUAGUCCUCGGCUGCAAAUUGUUCAUCAAAGAAAUAUCAUCGAAAGCCAGAGAUCAAUUGUUGAACACCAAUCAGAUGCUAGAAAUAGGCGAUUUCGUCACCAAAUUGAACAACACCAAUUGCAACGAUGCCAUGUCUUUGAAAGAGGCUAAAAAAAUCAUCGACGGCACCAAGGACAAACUCCAAAUCACCGUAGCCAGAGAAUUCGGAUUCAAUUCGAACAUAUCCCACCAGACCCAGAGCUCCAUCAGUACCACAGGGGCUGUUAAUAACUUCUACAAGGGCGACGAUUUUUUGACUUCCGGUCAAAGUUACUCCAACCAGAAUUUGUACGUUCAACCGCCGACUAGGAAUCCGAAUCUGAACCAAAACGGAGGAUUCGAAGAGAAAUUGGAUCCGAACAGCGGUCCGAAUUCCUUACCGGACGAGAAAAGUAAUUUGGCACCGAGGGGGAGAUCUAGAGGGCCGUUAUCAGAGGCUAAUUUGAACCAAUUAGAGAAUAGGAAUAGUAUAUCGGGAUACGGGCUUCUGAAGGGGAGGGAUGAACCUCCAAGACCACCGCCACCGAGGGCUGAAGAUUAUUACAGCACUAGGAGGCAAAUGUACGAAGAUGAUCCUAUUAUUCAGAAAACGAAGCAACCCAUCCCCGACGCCAGGUUCAUAACGUUCCACAAAGAAGGUUCGGUGGGUAUCCGAUUGACGGGAGGCAAUCACGUCGGUAUUUUCGUAACGGCAGUCCAACCAGGCAGUCCAGCUUCCCUUCAAGGACUCCAACCAGGAGAUAAAAUUCUUAAAGUUAACGAUAUGGACAUGUCUGGGGUGACGAGAGAAGAAGCGGUGCUGUUUCUACUUAGUCUUCAAGAUCGAAUAGAACUGAUAGUGCAAUUUUGUAAAGAGGAAUACGACAGCAUAGUGGCUUCCCAGAAGGGCGAUAGUUUUUAUAUAAAAACGCAUUUCCAUUACGAUAAUCCAGCGAAAGGGGAAAUGCCUUUUAGAUCCGGAGAUAUUUUCCACGUCAUCGAUACUCUGUAUAACGGAGUUGUGGGGUGUUGGCAGGUUUUUAGGAUAGGGCGCAAUAACCAAGAAGUCCAAAAAGGAAUCAUUCCGAACAAGUCCAGAGCCGAGGAACUGGCGACGGCGCAAUUUAACGCAACGAAGAAGGAAAUGUCCGCUAACGAAUCCAGAGGCAGUUUCUUCAAAAGGCGGAGAAGCUCCAAUCGCAGAUCGAAGAGUUUGGGCAAGGAGCAUUGGGACGAUUUGCUGUUUUCCGAUACCGUUUCCAAGUUCCCAGCUUACGAAAGGGUGAUCCUCAAGCAUCCCGGUUUCACCAGGCCGGUUAUAAUGUUUGGGCCUAUCGCGGACGUCGCCAGGGAUAAACUGUUGAAGGAUUUUCCCGAUAAAUUCAUAUCGCCACAAUUAGACGCGACAGACACCAACAGCAAGUCCAGUAAAUCGUUACAAAACGCCAAUAUCAUCAGAUUAUCGGCCAUCCGAGACGCCAUAUCUACCGGAAAACAUGCGUUACUCGACAUCACUCCUAACGCCGUCGAAAGGUUGAACUACGCUCAAAUGUAUCCGAUCGUCGUAUUUUUCAAAGCGGAAACCAAGAUAGUAAUAAAACAACUGCGACAGGGAUUGCCCAAGUCGGCUCACAAAAGUUCCAAGAAACUUCUGGAGCAAUGUCAAAAGUUGGACAAAGUGUGGAGCCAUAUUUUCAGUGCCAUGAUAACUCUGAACGACAAUACUGACACGUGGUACCGAAAGGUCAGAGAAAUUAUAGAUAAACAACAAACUGGCGCUCUGUGGAUGUCUGAGAGCAAGGUCCAUGACUUCUUUACCGACAUAUACUUCCCCUCCAUUCCCACCAUUUACCUCCAACCGCGUUCUACCAACUCCCUGCCCCAAAGGCAUCGACACUCCAGAAGCCGUUCGAGAAAAUCGGCGCUUUCCAUGUACAGUUCACCCCAGUUUAUCCACAGAACCUCCCCGUACCGCUAUCCCUCCGAAAAUUACUCGUAUUCCGGCAAUUUUUCCAAUUUAUCGAGGAUAUCCAGCCAGAAUAGCAUAACGCCCGAGUUAAGGCCAAAUCCCGAAGAGUCUCUAUCCGACGAUUUCCUAUUCCCGAUGUCGUCUCUCAGAUUAUCGUACGCCAGCUCGCCCGAAAGCGAUUUGGAACACAGCCCCGGCCCGCCCACUUCGCCCAAUAUGCCAGGAAAUACCGUAAACAUCGGUAGAUUAACCAAGGCCAGCUCGGAUCCUAGCGUGGUGAUGCCUGACAGCAGUACGACCGACGUACUGCCGCCCUAUCAGCCAAGUUACGAUACCAGGUACGGGUUUAACAACCAAGACCAACAACCUCUUCCGCCGGACAACCAGCUUACACCUACCGAUUCUCCGUUGGUCAAAGAAGCCCCGUACGCUCUUUCAAACCCGGACAUCUCUUCCGGCAUAGAUCCGCAAAAUCCGUAUGGCAAAGUACCGAGUUACAACGAUAAAGCCCCGAUGUAUCCUGCGGAUGCUUACCAAAAACCGGAUUAUCCCAAAAUGAUGGACAGCAGGCACGACAUCUACAAUUCUCCAGACAGAAAAAACGAAUUUAACGGCGACAAACCGAUGCAGCAGCACAAGCGACAGGUGAGUACUUUGCACGGCGGUUACAAUCACAGCAAGGGCCACAGUCUGGUGGAGCAGAGUCCUGCGAAGGAGGGCGUUUACGGGCAGGUUCCCGAUUUACCUCCUCGCGUCGAUAGAGCCGCCAAACCUAUGGGAUUGUUGACCACCACUCCGAACAAAGUACCGAACGGACGAUCGGCUCACGAAAGACUGUUCGGAGCGAAAGUAAAUCCGCAAGGCGAAAAUGCUGAUCAAAAUAUCAACGAAAACGGAAAUUUUAAUAAUAAUAAAGCGGGUUCGCUGGAGAGGAGUCAAAAUUCCAAAUCGGACUCGUUAUCGAGUUACGACUCGUACAACAAACAAGCGUCCACCCGAAUCGGUCCGAACGCUCACGACGAUCUGAAAACGACUCUAUCGAAAAUCGACCCGACCGGGAACAUCCAAAACAGCCCGUCGAAGUACAAUAUGGGUCCCAGAUGGGAUCAAAAUUCGCACAGGCACGGUUCCAAGAUGGAUUUGAAGUACGGCUUGCCCGCCGGCGAGCAGCUCAUGGAUAGCAGUCCGAGGAAUUCCAGGGAAAUGGGGAAGGAUAGUCCGAUGGAUCCUGCCAGUCCCAGAGGGUCCGUGGAGAGGGAUAUUUACAGGUAUUCUAAGUCACCCGCCAAGCAAAGCAUUCCUGGAAAAGCGCUCAUCGAAACCAAGACAGAUUAUGGAAAAUACAGCCGCAACAAUUCCAACCACCAUCAACCGCCGCCGGAAUACACUCGAAACUCGCACCAGGAUCUGCGCGAAUCCACUCUGAGCAUCCACCAACAGUCGCCGUUGAGAAAUCCGCCCGGACACCACAACGGGUACGACCCCGGCGGUCCGCCGAAUCACAUGGGCGGCGGACCGCCCAACGGGAAUACCUACAAGCCCAUACCGCCGCCGAAGCCGAAGAACUACAAACCGCCGUACAAGCAGCAGGGCGGCGUUUACGGCGGCGUCGAUCCGAUGAUCCAACCGCCCCCGCCGGCGUAUCAGCACGGGAAGAGUCACAGCAAUCCGGUGGACCAACGAGUGCAAAACAUAAACCUCUCUCCCCACCACAACUACUACUACAACACGCCCCCUCACAAUUACCAUCCGGCCGGCGACCCCAACAUGCGUUACCCCCCAGGAAACGGGGGUCAUUACGACAUGGCUCCUCCAUACACGGAGUCCCCCAGGAGACACACCAGCAUAUCGUACGCCAGUCGCAGCGAGAUUACCCCCAUAUCGCAACACCACGACGGGACUUACGGGGACGUUAUGGAAACGAGGCCGCCCAUAGUGGACCUGCAAGGUUCCAGGGAGCAGAGGGGGUCGGCCUUCGAACUAUACAGGAAGCCUGUCGGACAUAAUUUGAGGGGUAUGGUGGAGAGGCCGGCUUUUUACGGAUCGCAGCCUAACAUAGCGCAAAAACUAAACGCCUCAUCGUUAUCGGCUACUAACUCGCCCAAAAUAACACCCAAACUAACAAAAACGCAAUCAUUCAAACACCAGAAGAGCGAGGGAUUCACGCCGAAGCUCUUUCGCAAACUGUCGUUCACGAAGCGCAACAGGGAGGGCACGCCCAAAAUGAGCAAAAAGCUGUCGUUGCAGAACGACAGCAUCGACGAAAAUCGCAUAUUGCAGGACGUCAACCGAAACGCUAGGGACAUGAGACCGAGCAAACGGGACAUCACCUCGUCGACCGUGGGCCACAGCGGAGCCAAACUAGUCAACGAUUACUGGGGGGUGAGUCUAGACAUCCCCCCAGGCGCCAUACCUAAAGGAGAAGAACGGCUGAUUUAUUUCGUUAUUUCAGAUCCCAGAUUGUGCGAAAAAGCUCCACCUCUAGACCUCGAUAACGGUGAAACUAUGCUGUCUCCUUUGGUGAUGUGUGGACCACAAGGUACUGAGUUUCUUAAGCCUGUGAUUCUGAAUAUCCCCCAUUACGCCAAUACUCUCCCGAGUCUAGGAAUAAGUUUAAAAGCCACCGACUCCGAACAGGACAUCCAUACAGAUUGGGAUAACAUUUUGCUGCCCAGCAAUCAUGCUGCCAAUAGCGUAGCCGUCAAAGUAGAUCACUUUUAAAUCAAUAAUGAUAUUUUCAGUACUUAACACUUUUUGUUUUCAAAAAUAGUGGGUUGUGGUAAUUUUUGACAGUUUAAAUGUCAUCUGACGUUUGUCAAAAGUUACCCUGAUGAACGAUCAAAUAGUUUCUAGUUUUGUUUUAUUGUUUAACACCUUGUUUUGCUCAAAUACGAACAAUUUUGGUAUUGUUUUAUUUUACCAAUUUUAGCAUGGUUGUAAAAUGUUUAAAUAACGAAUUUCAAAAAAUUUUGACUGAUUUUCUUCUUGUAUAUUUAAAAGUAUGGAUUUGAAGUGUUUUUAUAAUUGUUUACAUUGGAUCUUGUGAUUUAUACGGUAUAUUUUACUAGUUUUUAUUGUUAAUAGAUAUUGAAAGUUGGGAUGCGAAAAUUCUACAGAGAAUUGUUUAUUGACAUUUGACGUUAUUUUUUGACACCUAGUGACAUUUGACGCAACUAUUUAUGACAUUUGGUUUAACUUUCGCCAUUCGACAUUUCGUAUAUUUUAUUUGUACAUUUAUUCUUAGUUUUAUUGAUUAUCAUUGAACAUUUUGUGCAAUUUUUAAAAUUCUCUGUAGCCUUAUUAUUGCGCGUUCGUUUCUUAGUGAUUGUUUUCUUUUAUAAAUGCCC